CAUGUGAGGAAUCUCCUUCCACGCCCCGUGUCUACUCCGACGAAACACGCUGAAUCAUUUGUUUUUUCAAGAUCAGUGUCAGGAAAUCACGAUUGAUUACAUAUAUAUAUGCCUUCGUAUAUUGGCGACUGAAUGUGACCCUAUUUGGACGAGCUAACAGUCAAAAUGCUUCAAUGGGGGUCACGGUGACCGGUAGCUGCGUGUUUGUCACAAGCCAGGAGAAACUCCUCCAAUGAUAUAACAUUUGUAUCAACUGCAAUGUCUGGCGAAGGAAACACUGGAGAAGAUGAGAGGGAAGUUAUGGCCGUAGUCCCCCAAGACGCGAAGGCCCCGGAUGGAGGAUGGGGAUGGGUGUGUGUGGUGGGCCGGUUCUUCAUCGUCGCACUGUCCGCGGGGCUCACCAGUGGCUUCGGAAUCAUGUAUGUUGAAAUAAUUAACUACUUUGACACCACCCGAGCGGAGACAGCAUGGAUGAGUUCAUUAUUCGGCGGAAUGAAUUGUGUUGGAGGCCUAUUUGGGGGUGCUGCAAUUGAGCGUUAUGGCUGCCGUGCAACGACUGUGAUUGGAUCCAUCCUCGCCUGUGCAGGGUUCGUCAUCAGUUACUUCUCCCCGAACAUCUACCUCCUGUGCUUCGCCUACGGUAUUCUUGUUGGUUCAGGAUUUGCGUUCAUGUACGUGUCCUCAUCAGUGGUCGUGCUGCAGUACUUCGACAAGAGGCGGGGCCUCGCCAUGAGUAUAUCUUCCCUGGGGGACGGGGUGGGUAUGCUGGUGUUACCUCCCCUGACCUACCUUCUGAUAGAAACAUACAGCUGGCGGGGAGCCUUCCUUGUCACGGCAGGAAUCACUCUGAACGCAGCUGUAUUUGGGCUUCUGUUCAAACCACCGCCAUACCUCAGCAAGGCGUCCCAAAAACGAAGCGCACGACGCAGCGUCCUUCACUCCUUCAAGCAACUCUUGCAGAACAAGCUGUUUUUCGUCUUUGCUUUUGGAUCCUUCCUGCUUCACGUGGGCUACACCGUGCCCCUCAUACACCUCAUAGACCUGGUCAUUCUCAAGGGUGUUGAGAAAAGUCGAAGCACUUUGUUGAUGUCGGUGAUGGGGACAGCAAGCUUAGUCUCGAUCGUCAUCUUCGGCUGGAUCAGCGACCUGCCAAAUGUCAGCAGGAUCGGACUUCACUCGGCGAGCAUCGCAGUGCUGGGGGCGAGUGUAAUGGCCGUUCCCUCACUGGACACUGAAGUUGCAUUCUUUGUUUUCGCUGGGAUAUUUGGAGUGUUUAUGGGUGCGUGGUACAUGGGCCAAGGGGUGUUGGUGUCUCAGAUAGUCGGCGUUGAACUCACCAGUAUCGCCUUUGGUGUACACUCCUUACAUACGGGUUCCGGCAUGUUCCUGUCGUCCAUUCUCGCAGGUUGGCUAUUUGAUAUCACAGGAAGCUACGUUCUGCCGUUCUACAUAUCAGGAUGUCUUUAUCUAUGCGCGAGCCUUGUAACUCUCAUUGUGCUUAUUGCAAGACGCAGAGUAACAGACCAUUCGCACAACCACCCUGCGACUAGAGACUCUCCUUCACAGAUGUGAACUGUUAGACGCGGAAGUGUGACCAGGAACUCAAAGGGCGCAUCACGACCACAUGUCUUCCUACACUUUCCCCGAACACCAGGAGUCGUCCAUUCAUUUUGUCUUCAUCUUUGUUUUGUCUGUUAUGAUCCUAAUGGGACGAGACUGAUUGUUCAUUGGUCUUGACGUUUAGAAUGUACUUGAGCUGGGUCGAGGUUUCUGCUGGUGGACUGAUGUCACGAGUUUAAUCAUACGAUCAGUAGCAUCUAUCUAUCAUGGAGAGUCAACUACAAAAAAAAUUGUUUGGGUCGAGAUAUCAAAACUGUGUGACAAGCCGAAUAUAUUUCUUAAGUGUGUCCCCUUGCUUGUAGACUGUGGAAUCUGUCAUUCAUAACGUAUCGUUUUAAGUUUCAACAAAAUCAAUAAAUGCGCUAUCGUGUCA